AUGUCACUGCCACGCUUUCGCUUGUCUCGAUCGACGUCGAUCUCGUCAAGCAGCGGAGAGACCAGAUCCUCCUCAUUGCCUCUCGAUUCGCCACCAUUACCAGGAACACUCACCAGCGCUUUCAAUGAAGAUCAAAGUGCCGAAGAGAGCUUUUUCGAUUGGCGGCGAUCCGCUAGAGCGCAUGCAAACACCACAAUU